AGCCGAAAUCUCCCCCCCAGCAUCUCCUCCCAAUGCGAGGACAAUGGGACUGUGGUGCUAACGGCAGAGAGCGUGCGAGGGGAGACGGCAGACAUACCGCCCGGAAAAAAAAAGACCUAGCAACAUGGAAGAACGGCUACCUUAGCGGUGGGAUAGUGAUGCUGCCGUGAGAAAUGCCACCCCUGCGCACCUCUCGUUUGCUCCUGCUCUUUCUUUUCCUCGGCGACGUCUGGGAGGUUUCCCCCAAAUCCAUACCGGACCAGGGGACACACGAGGUCUUCAUCAGAGUUCAAGUGUUUGACAACAGCGACCUUUCACCCUUGGCCCGCGCGGCUGUGGAGGUUUAUGGGAACCAGUCGACCUUGGCGUCUGGAGUGGCGGGCGACGAUGGGGCCGUCGCGGUCAGGUUCCAGUACCGGCCGGGGACGUGGGUUAUUGUUACCGCCUCCAGGCAAGGCUUCGUCACCAACUCGGCGCCCUGGCACGCCAGCAGAAUACCCUUGUACGCCUCUGUUAGUCUCUACCUCCUUCCCCAGAGACCGGCGACUCUCAUCCUCUACGACGAUGUGGUCCAGGUUCUGCUAGGAUCCCCAGGAGCCAGGAACCAGCCCUGGGUGCAGUUCCAGAGGAAGGCGGUCCGCCUGCCGCUCAACUCCACCUACACAGAGCUGUCCGCGGUGCUGACCUCGGCCAAGAGCCAGUACGAGAUCGGGGGCUUCCCCUACCUCCUUGGCCAGGAGAGCAACGGCACAGGGGGGAAUGGCAGCUGGCUGGACCUGACGGCAGUGGCGGCGGUCAGCGCCCACCUCUUCACCCGGAAUGGGACGCUGAUCCAGGUGUCGGACCCCGUCCACAUCUCCAUCCCCAUGCCCAGCGACAGCCCCGUGAGGGUGGCCACCAGCAUCCCCGCCUGGAGGUUCGACUCCAAGACAGGGGUCUGGGUCAGGAAUGGGACGGGAUACAUAAAGAAAGAGGGAGCCCAGCUGACUUGGAGUUUCGUAGCCCCUCAGCUUGGCUACUGGAUCGCCGCUGUUCCUUCCGCCACAGGAGGCAUGGCUCUGAACCCUUCAGGUCUGCGGGACAUCACCACGUAUCACACCAUCUUCCUGCUCACUAUCCUGGGCUCGAUGGCCCUGCUGGUCCUGAUCCUGCUCUGUCUGCUGCUGUAUUACUGCAGGAGGAGAUGUCUGAAGCCCCGACAGCAACACCGCAAAAUGCACAUUUCCUCGACGCUGGACAGCUCCAAGAAGGACCAGGGGACCUCGACCUCUCACAUCAACCUGAUCAGCAGCAGCCACAUCGAGACGGCCUCUUCCAAUGGGGACAUGGACGCCAACACCCCCGUCAUGAAGUCGGCCUUCUCCUCCUCGCGGGAGUUCCAGAGCUCCCGGGAGGAGUUCUUCAAGCAGAUCCCGGCGCAGAAGGGGAGGCACUCCAAGUUCAACACGGACACCAUCACCCGCCGGGGGGUGGAGAGCUUCCAAAUGAAGGUGGCCCGGUCCGCAGAGGUCCCCAACAACCUGGCCGGCCAGCAGAAUGUGGAGGAUAAGAGUGGGGAAGGUCAUCGGCGCCAUGUUGUCAAUGACAACAAAGCCUACUCCCAGGAUCCCCCCUCCCCGCCUCCCCUGCCCCCACCUUUUGAGCACUACCAGGGGCACAAGGUGGAAAAUAAGCCCCCGGAUUUCUUGAUAUCCCAGUCUGCGGACCACCUGGCCAGACCCACCUCCUUGUCCCACCCGGGCCAGCUGAUCUUCUGUGGGUCCAUCGACCAGAUGAAGGACAACAUGUACAGAAGCGUGAUGCCCACUCUGGUCAUCCCGGCGCAUUACAUGAGACUGUCUUCGGAUUUCUCGGGCAUGGAGCACGCCAUGGGGAUGGGCCUGGACCAGCAGCAGCAGCAGCACCAGCAGGAGAUGGAGGGGAUCCACGUCAACCUUUCCAUGCCCCACCAGCUGACUCCGCAGCAACAGCAGCAGAUGCAGCAGCAGGCCAGCCAGCAAAAUGAAGACCCCGAGGGCCGGGGGUGGGGGCCCCACCCUUCCACGGGGCCCGUCCGGAUCCCCGUCCUGUUCAACGACUCCACCAUGAACCAGAUGAACGGGGAGCUCCAGGCGCUGACGGAGAAGAAGCUCCUGGAGCUGGGGGUCAAGCCGCACCCCAGGGCCUGGUUCGUCUCCCUGGAUGGGCGCUCCAACUCCCACGUGCGGCACUCCUACAUCGACCUGCAGGGCGGCGAGAGGGUCCGCAGCAACGACGCCAGCUUGGAUUCGGGGGUGGACGUGAACGAGGCCAAGCCCCACAGGAGGCUCAAGGAGGACCGGGAGAGGGCGGGCCCCGGGAGCAUGGCCUACUCCAAGCUGGCCUACAUGGACGACACCGAGCAGAGCAGCAGCGAGAGCCGGACGGCCAUGUGCUCGCCGGAGGACAACUCCCUCACCCCACUCCUGGACGAGAGCCUGGAGAGCCGGGGGGCCACCAUCCCCAGGAAGGGGCGCAGCAGGGGCAACAGCUCCAGGAGCAGCAACAGCGAGAUCCGGCGAGACUCCAUGACGAGUCCCGAGGACGAGAUGAACGAUCAGUCGGGAGAAGGCGACGACCAAGGGGAGAACAAGAAGAGCCCCUGGCAGAAGAGAGAGGAGAGGCCUCUGAUGGUCUUCAACGUCAAGUAGGCCCGGAGGCCUGGCGUUCUCCUGUUCCAGAAGCGGUGGGGAGGGGGGAGGUCGCAUCCCUUGACACAGUUACCAACCCAUUUCCUUAACCGGCGUCACUAUACAUCCUUGUGGGGGGGAGGGGUGGGUAAAAGGAAGAGACAAGCACAAGCUGGGCACGGACCGCGUGAGACCCGCUAUGUUCAUAGUCGCCUCCAUCGUUUCAAAGUGAACGUUUCCAUUUCCUUCGUAGUACUUUUAAUCCACAUUCAUUCGGCAGCGGUGGAUUAUUGAGUUGGCAUCCCUGGCAUUUGGUCUGGACUUGAAAUUGGCGAAACCUUUUGACCUUUUGAACUUGAAAGCCGCGUCCUGGGGGAGACUAGCCAGCUCGGGGUGUCGUUUACCAAGGCUGGAGACGUUUGUGCCCAUGAGUACUGAGCUGUGAACCUCUCUCGUCAGCUUGCCAAAGGACUGUCGUCCUUAUAUAUUCCUGUUACCAGAAAAAUCUACGGUGAGCCAUUUUGUAUUGACUUUUGGAAUGAUCCAGCAGGUUUUAUUGAACUGCUUUAUUCCUAUGGAAAGCAGGUGAAAGGGACUGGGGUGAGGCAGGGCAGAGCGCGGGCGUGGUGUAAAUAUUGCUCGAUUCCUCCUCUUGGUCGGACCCAGGUGCAACAGCCCGGCAGUCGGGUGGGCUGGACCAGUUCUGAGCACGUUCCUUGCCAGUGCAGUUUGGGGACGAGAUCAGAAAAGGGAGGAAAUAGAAUGGACUGGACUGGCAACGUGCAGAGGGGCGUUUCUGUUUUGUAGGUGAACGUUCAUUUUAUUUGGAGCAGAGGAAGCCCCCCUCAGCAGAACAGCCUCUCCGUGGAGCAGCUAACGCUGUUUGUCUCCAGGAAGUUGCUCUUUUUGCCCGCCUGGGCUGCUGAAUCCCGACCUGAUGGAGCGGCUCGGCGCUUUGCAGCUGGGCGUGUUUUGCCACUUGGGAAGGAUGCAGGGGAAAAGGGACGGAGAGACUCUUCUCAAAUCUCAGCAGCUGUUGCAAAAGAGGAUUCUUUUUGUUUAGUUUUGUUUCGGAGUUUUUUUUUUGCAGUGCUGUGAAUGAACCGUGUGGCUGUUUGGAGUUUUUUGGUCAGCAGUUUUUCUAACCUGUGGAUUUAAUGACUAGACUGUACAGCGUGUAAUAUAACCUUUGUUAAAGCAUACACUGAAAAAGAAAUGUUUAACAGCUCAUCUCAGCCGUUCUGUAGGCAGUGUUUCUAAGGGGCGCCUCAUUAAUAUGUUAUAAGAGGGCAGCUCUUAUGUUCAGUGCAAAAUCUGGAUUACGUCAUUGUUGACCGUCCCCAGGAGAAACAUAUUUGCAAAUGACGGAGAUUUGGAAUGCAUCCUGUAAGGUCUGGAUUGUGAAAAAAAAUCAGCAAAACAAAUAUGAUUGGUAGAUUGCAGUUUCUAUUGCAAACCUUGCAAUGUAAAGAUGAUAAAGGUUUUGUGCUGAACAUUCAAGAUUCAAGAAACAGUUGUCCCUACCUCUCAUAUGCAUUUAUUUAAAGCACAAUAUAAAAAUGUCCGUAGCCGAAUUACUUCUGUAGGUUUGAAAGCAGGGGUUCUUUCGACUCAGUCCAAAAAAUAUUUGAAUCACUAAAAAUGGACUCCUGAUUGCAAACAACAAGGCACAUUCACUUAACUGUCUGAUUGUUUCUAGGCAGAUAGUGAAUGGGGAUUAAUUAGGAUCAAUGAGAAAGGUGCACAGAAACCAGAAUAACUGGUUAUUCAAUGCAGUAGUAGAGCAUCUCUGCCUAUAUCCUUUCAGCUGCACGUGUGUGUGAGGUCAGAGGAAUCAGCUUUUUGCCCUGCUUAUAACAUGUAAAUGAACGUGGAGGAAGAGCUUGCACCUGAUCCCUCUCACUAUCCGCUUGCUGAAGACAGAUCUUAAUCAAGUGCCUUCUUUGCAUAGAUCUUCUGGAUUCUGAAGGCCCUUUCUAGCAUGCAGUGAACUGAUUUUGUGUUUCUUGCAACCAAAAAAAAAAAUUCAUCGGUAAAACAAAACAUGUCAGUUCAUGGCUACAUAUUUGCGAAAAAGGUCACAGAUUUAGCAGACGUGCCAAACCAACUGACUUUAGCCCAAUUUAUAAAGUGCUUUUUUUUUUACCUGCAUUCUUUCCAAAAUCUAAACUAUGUGAUAAAGUUUUUUUAGAAGAAAAAAGUAAUGGAAUUAUAAAAAAGUACUAUCUUGCAUGCACACUGUAGAGUAGAGAUAAAAAUGGUAUAGGACAUGUCUUUGGUGAAGAUGAGGGAAAGUUUCAAUUUGAAGAUAAAUUUGUACGGGAAUAUUUUUUUUAAAUUACAGUACCAGUUCAGUGUCCUUCAGGACCACAAAGCUGUUUUAAUUAUUUUCUUAACAAAAACAUAAGUAUCUUCCUUAGUAUAAGUAUAAUAACUUCCAUUGCACAAUAAGCAACAGCACUGCCUAUGACCACUCUACACAAAAUGCUUUUAAAAGGAUGCUCACUCUGUGAAUGGAGUUAUUAUCCUCGUUUUUUUGGUUAGGUUUGUUUUUGCAAUUUAUUGAAACACUAUUUGCCAGUUUUACUAAAAAAUGCUAAACCUCACACUUUCUGCUACCAUGUCUCUGUGUUUUAUAAGUAAAAAUGAAUAUGAAUAUGUUCUUUUUACAUUUAAGCCAUAAUUGCCUGCUCAUUUAAUCUCAGAACUAUUCCUCCAGCAUUGGGUUUAUACCUGUUACCCAGAAUGUACUUCUGAUUUAUAUUGAAAGCAAACCUCAUCCCUUUUUUUUAUAAUCAGUGCUUAUUGCUGUGCGGAGUCAAUGAGUGAGAGUUUUUAGAGGAAACUGGUUUAUUUAAAGAUGUUGUGAAGCCACUGCCCUUGUGUACUAGUCUGUAGGAAAGGAGUUCAUUUCAUAGGGUGUUUGGGACAGUGUUGGCCCUAAUAGGUCAGCCUUCAUUUUAAGAUGGAAAUAAAAAAAUAAAGAAAAAUGUACAUAAAACAAAAACAAAGACACCUCUUUGUUAAAUACUGGCUACACAAUAUCUGUUUUUUUUCCCCAAUUUGUACUAAUUAUGAUUUCAUUUGCAGAUCACUGACCUGUUCCUACUCUUUCCAUUUGGAAUAUCCUUUGCCAAGAGAAGCAGAAGGGAGGGUUCUCAGAGUGUUUCAGUAAAUCAAUGUAGGAUUAAAGCCUUCGACUACAUUGCUGUCCAGUCUACAGGGCCCUGCCAACAUCCCAAGUAGUUACACUUUGAAAUAAUCAGUUUGCUCGUCCCAUGUUGAGAUAUCUCUGCCUUAAAGAAUCUUUUGACCUUCAUUGAGAGGCAUUUGGUGUCAGGAAUUAACCCAAUAGGUUAAAUAUAGAUUUGGUAACUUUUGGAGGUAUGUAUUCUAUUGAGACUACCUUCAAAAACAAUCAUGCAGACCAGCAAAAUGAUACUUGGUUUGGAGCAUUUCCCUAUUGAAGUUGAUCUUCUUCGACGUGAUUAAAGAUCUGAAGCUGGACAAAUUUAUUUCAGCUGCAGUAUUUGAACAUGAGACUUGAAGAUUUUGAGGUGCCUGUUAGAUUUUGGAAGUGCAAAGAAUUUGCUGGGAUUAGAUCCAAGAUGCCUGUUUCUCUAAAUUCAUUCCCUGUGCUUUUAUUCUUCUGGUAUUUACUCGUGUGUUUUAUUUGCCAGUUUGUAUUCGUUUCUACCCGUCUUGCUUGACACAUGACGUUGGAGACGCGUGUCCCAGUGUACUACACUUUGCUUCUUUUUCCACGACUCGCCAUAGCACGGGUUUGUGAGGGAUCAGCUUCCUUGCUGAUCUGCUUUUACUUCCUGUGCAUCCCACGGAACACACCCUCAGCCGAUCUGAGCUCCACCUCAGUCAUUCCUCGGGAUUUACCUUGGGCUGCGAUGAUGGAAAGGCACGUUGAUGACCAGACCCUGCAAGAGCUGCAGUAUAUUGUUGCAAAAAAAAAAAUCCCACCUCAAGGUCUCCUGAUUAAAAGAUAACAUUCCUGGUCAUUUUAUGGCUAAAAUCAGGUCUUAAAAACCAGCCCAUGCUCUUCUAGAUGAUGCACAACUGUGAAAUAUUUGUGCCUUAGCUCUGCUCCGUGCAUAUUCCUUAGGCGUCCAUUGUUAUCCUGUGUAGACACUUUGGGGUGAUUUUUCUCUUUUAAAACAUGAUCGCACAAAAGGGUCAAAUUUCCUUUUGCCUUGCCCUGUAUUGUGUGGCUCAGGUGUUAAUGUCCAGCCAUAUUCUCCCCUUGGCGCACAUGCGUGGAAGUCCUGGCAAGACUGCUGUGCCAUCGUCUGACCCAGUUUAACCCUGUGUGCGCUCCGCACGUGUCAUUGUGUUUCUCCAGCAGUCUUGCAGGGUCGGCACACAUGGAUGAGUUUAAAGAAGAGGUUGCUAGACUAUGAAUAAUAAAGCCAGUCACAUGCCAAAGUGGGUAUUACACCUAUAUGCUCUAGUUCUGCCAGGAAUCUACUGCCCUGCAUGAAGCUGGACAUGAACGAAAUGCAGUUGAUGCUCUCAGAAGUGUGAUUUGGCGUACUAUCGCACAAUACUCCUAAAAAAAUCUGAGACCUUUUUUUUAUGUUUGUUUUUGGAAAUUUUGCUUCCCAGGUCUUUUAUUUUUUGAGGUCGCUUCUUUGUUUAACCAACCGCUUUAGAAAGGACCGAAUUUUUGUUUUGAAAAGCGAUUGGUGUCGAGCAUCUAAUCUCUCCACAAGGUGGCAGCAGUUUGCAAAUGAUUGAAAAGGCCGAAUAAGCAGGGCUGAGAAAUGCUAUGUCAUCCCUUAAGGCUGUUUUUUUUGUGUGUAAUGAACGUGCAGCAAAUCCAUUCCUCUGUGGCUAAGUAGUAGGUUGUAGUUUCUUUUGGUUCAUACUAAAACAUACCACCCCCUUGACUGAAAGAUGCCAUUUUCUUCUGUUUCUCUGAUUUUCUUUCUCCUUUCUGUUUUUGUGCAAUCUUUUAUGCUUGUUCUUAAUGAUGUUAAUAUACAAAGCUGAUUAAAGAAUUUAACAAGUGA